UGAGGCACCGCCCGGGGCCGAGGGCUCCGCGCUUCCCCCACCCCGAGCGAGCCGGGAGGGCUCCGCGCCCGCAGCAGCCGGGCAUGGUGGGCAGGGUCGCCGUGGCCGCGGCGGCCGCCUCCCCCGUCCUCCCCGGGAAUGACGGCGACGUUCAGCCAUGCAAGAAGCGGCGAGAGGAAGAUGCUUCUGCAGAAACAAUCACAAGGUAUUUUUCACCACUAACAAAACCAGUGGACAAAGCAUUGUCAUCACCAAAAUCCAACAAUAUCUUGGAUUAUUUUAAAAAGACACCUGCAACUGAGAAUGCUGCAUUCCCAGUAGGAGCUGGAGAAAAUAAAACACUGUUGGACACUGAUGAAAAAGAGUGUAAAUCAUCCUUCAAGCCAUCUUUAAAGCGGAAGAGAAAAGGGAAGAAAGGUAAUUUAAGUAAUAUGCCAAAAGAAAUGAAAGAAUCUGAGAAUGACCUUGAAAUAGAAAUUAGUAGUGAUGACAGCAGAGUAACUACAGGACUGCAACAAGGCAGUCAUGACUUUAUUGCUUCUUGUACUCUAGUGGACAAAAAAUGUGCAGGAGAAUUAGCAGAAGAUAACGAUCAAAGAGAGAACUUCCCAAACGUUAUCCCCUCCAGAAAAAAAGCAAUAAACUUGGGUUGUGAAACAAAUGGAUCAAAAAAUAGGAUAAAAAAAUCAAGGAAAAGGAAGCACAAAGUAAAUACUGAUCUGUCUGAAAGCUCUUCAUUGGAAAACCAGAUUAAUGAAACAUAUAAAAAGGAAACUGAAGAGAAGACAAAUACAGUAGCAGAGUGUGAUGCUGCUAUUGGUGAUUCCAGUUUUGAGGUUCGUAUGGAUGAUGGGACAUCCCAGGUAAAUAAUUGUAUAAUAACAGUGUCAUUUGAGGACUUCUUGAGAAGUCAGGGAGAAAAUAAUGUUGAAGACACAAAGCCAGCAACUGACACUUCUGGUGCUGCAAAUAAAAUGGAUAAAAGUGAUUGUGUUAGUGACCCAGAGAAGUGUGAGGAAUCCCAGCAGCUGCCGCUCAGAACAGUGACUGUCCUUGCACAAGUUCAUUCCAUUCCCCCCAGAUUAUCUCCCUCAAAUAAGGAGCAGAAAGGCUCUAGGAAAAUAGCUUCCAUUUUUUUGAAGCAGAAGGGUCGUGUAGGGGAAAGAGAAAGCAGCCCAGCCCUCUUGGACAGUGAGCAAACUGAACAGGUGACUCAGAAAAGAAAAUCCAAUGUUGUUAUUGAGGAGGAGGAAUUGGAGCUGGCUGUACUGGAGACUGGAGGGGCAGAUUCUCUGAGGCCAAAAUGUACUCAGGAAGAAAAGCAUCAGUUCAUGAAAGCUUUUAGACAACCAACAGCAGAUGUAACAAAAAGUGGAGUUAAAAAGGCAUCUGGAAAACAAAAGCAAGCUGCUGCAAAGUCCUCAAAAGAAAAAGAGGGAUCUGAAGAUGUCAUUCCUUCAAAUAAAGGAUUAGAAAGCGGGGUACCAGAAGAUUAUGUGGACAAAUGUACACAUUCUAAACCUAAAAGCAAUAGAACUAAACCCAGAAAAUCUAGCAAGGUUCAGAAAGAAGGAAGCAGAAGAAAGAAGGCUUCAGAAACUAAGGAAACUGAUGUCUCUAACACCAGCAAUUAUACUGGAGAAGAGGAUUCAGGUGCUAAUGUUGUUACUGUGGAAAACAACUUAGAUGUAAUAAUUUCAUCAAGUCCAGAAGUGAAUGAGUUAAGGAGGAGUUUAAGGCAGCAGAAAACCAAAACAUCAACAAACGUUACACCUAAAAAGCCCAAGGCCAGAAGUGCCUGUUCUGCAGAUGAAUUAAGUGCCUGCCCAUUAGAGACUUCCACCCCAAAAGCACACAGACAAUCCUGCAAGAAAAGCAACAUGUACAGAGCUGAGGUGAUUACUGUGCCCUUUGAUGGAAACAGCCCAAUAAGAAUGAGAUUUACACGUAUCAAGGCAGCUACAAAAUCAAAUAGAGCUGAAGCAGUGAAAAAUGAAGAGUCUCACUCCAAAAACACAAAGAUAAACUCCACUUCUAAAAACAGAUCUAAAGCAAAGCAGCUGAUUGAAAAAGCAAAGGCCAUACAGCAGAACAGAUCCAAAGUGAGUGAAGACUCAGCAGCUCCUGUGAGGCGCUCGUCUCGACAGCGAGCUCUUGCUGAGAAGAAGAAAUUAGAAGAAAGUGAUGAAUCAGUAAUAAUUCUGGGUUCAAACAUGGACAAUGUCACUGCUACAGAGCAGAGUGUGAAGGAAAAGAAACUUCGGAGCUUAAAUGAUGUUUUGGGGAAGAAGUCUAAAAACUUGAAGGUUGCAAAGAACUCAAAUGGGAAACUGAGAUGUCCACCUUCCUGCCUGCGCAAAAAUGCUCCAAACUCUGCAGGUGAACCAAUUGUGAUCUUUGAUGAAAGCAGCCAAGAUGCAUCUGAAAAUUCUCAAGAUGGUGAUCCAUUCAGAGCAAAACGUGAAUUCCUGAUGAGUGGAUUGCCAGAAUCGCUGAAAAGGCAGAUUGCAAAGAAGGCAGCAGCAAUGGAAGCAUACUCCCUUGCAAGUUCCUGUUUUAAGACUGUUGUCCAUGUACAGCAGAAGGAUGACUGUUCUCCAAUGUGGAAAUUGCAAUCACCAUCAUGUCCUCUAUUAACUAAGCUGAGGGAACUGAGUACUGAAGUCACCAACAUCACAAAAAUCACUCUCUCACUUGGUGAAUUUUCCACUGUGAAUUCAAAACAAGCUGGAAAUGGUUCUGCACCUGUGCUUUCAGGCCACCGACCAGCUUUUCCUGAGGCAUUCAAGAAGGAUUUGCUAGAUGAGAUUGUGGCUUCUAAUCCUCAGUUUCCAGUGAGAAAAUACUACUCCAGGUUCCUGAAAAAGCAAACAGAGCGGUUGGCUUUGGAAAAUAGCACCCAAGAAAUCAGAGAUGGCACUGCAAAUCUUGAUGCAGUUGAGAAACAUCCUGACAAUUGGAAGGAAACAAAGAGGAAAAGGAAAGAAACAGAAGAUCGCAAAUCAAAAAGAAGAAAACAACUUGAAGGUACUGAGGCUAAGAUGAAAUCAAGAGUUUCCAGGAGCCUUAUUCCUCCCAUAUCUGGAGAAAAACAGGCAGAGACAGGACAAGCCACACACUUGGGAAAAAACAAGACCCAGAAACCAGAUAGUGUGACAGAAGGCAGUGGUUGUUUAUCAGAUCCAAGUGCACUUUCAGGUGUGGAAAAGGAAGACAUGCUCUGGACAGAAAAAUAUCAGCCUCAAGAUUCCAGUGAACUUGUAGGGAACAAGAAAGAAAUUGAAAGGCUACACAGUUGGUUAAAAGAAUGGAAAAAGAGAGCUGAUUUGGAAGAAAAACGAAAUCAGAAAAGGGAAAAGGAGGACAAAGAGCUAGAAGAUUCUUUAAGCAGCCUUGACUUUAAAGAUAGUAAAUCUGAUAUUGAGGAAGAGACAACCCUUUGCAAUACAGUUCUGAUAACUGGCCCACCAGGAGUGGGGAAAACUGCUGCAGUGUAUGCUUGUGCUCAGGAGCUUGGGUUUAAGAUAUUUGAAGUCAAUGCCUCUUGCCAGCGUAGUGGGAGACAGAUAUUGUCUCAGCUGAAAGAAGCUACUCAGUCUCAUCAAGUGGACAAAAAAGGUGUGAAUGCACACAAGCCUUGCUUUUUUAACAGUUGUAGCACUACCAAGUCACCAAAAAAAUUGUAUUCUCCAAAGAAAGUUAUUUCUCCAAGAAAACCGCCACUGUCACCCAAAGGAGCAGGAUUAAAACGAAGCUUGCCCUCUAAAACACUUACAAACUACUUCAAAAUUUCUGCCAAAUGUAAAGGUGUUGAUGGAGAAGCAACAUCUGAAGAAAAAACUGGAGGAAAUACUCAGAAUUCACUGGAAGUAAAGAAAGAUACUCAAAUUACGUCGAUAAACAAAGAAGAAGGAGGAGAACACAACAGGAAAAGUGCAACAUCUCUCAUUCUUUUUGAAGAGGUGGAUAUAAUAUUUGAUGAAGAUGCAGGAUUUCUAAGUGCAAUAAAGACAUUCAUGGCAACUGCAAAGAGACCUGUGAUUCUUACCACCAAUGAUCCAACAUUCAGUUUAAUGUUUGAUGGCUAUUUUGAAGAGAUCAACUUUAAAACUCCUUCCUUGAUAAACUCUGUGAGCUACCUCCAAGCUCUGUGCCUGGCUGAGAACCUAUGGACAGAUGUGAAAGACUUGGCGGCUCUCCUGACCACAAAUAACUGUGAUAUCAGACAAAGUGUCCUGUACUUACAGUUCUGGGUUAGAAGUGGAGGUGGAUGCUUGAAAGAGAAGCAUUUGGCACCUCAUGGAGAAGAAGAGACAAGGAAGGCAGAUAAUGUCAUUCAUCCUCCAAAGUCUAAGGAUUCCAAGAUGGAUUUUUCUCAAGCUGAUGAUUCACAUCUUCAGGAGUUUCCAAAAUGUGAUACAGGCUGUGUAGAGACAUUGCUUGGCCUUAAGAACAUCCUCUUGCCUUCAGAAGAUUUGUUUACAUUUUUAAAGCACAAAAUCACAACUAUGGAGGAAUGGAAUAAAUUGAUGCAGCUUCUCACAGAAUUCCAGAUGAAGCAUGUGGAUUUUGUAUAUAGCAAUCUUGAACUUAUUCUUCCCUUACCAAUGCAAGUUCUGUCAAACCAGUCUGAAGCCUCAAAGUCUAUAUUUGAAAGGACUACUGUAGUUUCUUCAAAAGACAGAUCUACUGGCAGUUCUUGCUCUAGGAAGAGUAGCCCUGGAAAAAGGUCUAAAAAGACAAAGGUUCAGAAAAGGCUUGAGAUAUUGGAUGAUAGUGACUUAUUUGAUUCUGAGCUGAACUAUUCAGCUGAAUUCAUAACUUUGCCAUCAGACAGUCCUAAAUCAUGUGUCCAAGUGAGUAAAAAGGAAUCAAAAUUGUUGGUGCAUAAAGAACAAAAAGAAGUUAAAACUAAAACCUCAGUAAAUGAAAGAAGGUCUGCAGUUGUUUUUCAGUGUCUGAAUUCACUGACUGAGUUUGUGGAAAACAUGUCCUUCCUGGAUUGCUGUGUAAACACUACCAUCAGGGAACCACUGGAGUUUUCUAAAAGUGAAGGUUUUCAUUGGACAAAUGCCAAAAUCAGAAAUGGUCUUUGUGAUGAGUUCAGUAUAGAAAAUACUGAUUGGUGGAAUUCCCAGAGCUGUAGUGAAAUAAAGGCAGCUAUUGAAGCACUCAGCUUCACUAAAAGUUCUGUUAAUAUUUCACAAAAUUUGGAAUCCUUUUCAACUAUCAGUAAAACACCUGAAAGUGAUCAGCUGAAGGGACUUACUCUGCCUCUCUCAAACACAAGGAAUUGCAUAUCCUUCAGUCAGGCAGCUGAUUCAAGCAUUCACAAAAAAGCACAGAAGAGGCUGGCUGUCAUCAAAACUGUAUUUUCCAGAAGUCCUUUAAACCUGGGCAAUAAGCAAGCCAGUACCCUUGAAUACCUCCCCACUCUCCGCAGUAUCUGUAGGUCUGAGAAGCUUAAAGAGCAAGGGAAGACUAAAAGAAGGUUCUUGCAUUAUCUUGAAGGGAUUCAUCUUGAAAUACCCAGACAAACGAUAAAUGGUCUGUCUUUGGACUUCCCUUAAAAUUGCCAACACCAGAAAUACUUUGUGCCUAAUGGUGGUAUUCUCACCAUAGAUUGUUUGGGGUAUUUUUAAUUACCACAUUAUUGUAUAUUCAGAGUCAUUUGUAUAUUAAAUUUUUAUAAUUAUUUAAAAUAAUGUAUAUAUCUGUUGUCAUUAUACUGCUCUCCACAGCUGACAUGUGGGUUUGUUUGGUGCUUGUCCAGUAAGGGCAUUCAUAAUAUUAAAUGCACAAACUAUUCAGUGGGAACUUCUUGCUCUCUUUCUCUCUAAUUUGUGGAUCACGUAGCAAGAAGUCCUUUUGUAACAACCAACUGUCACAACUUCCACAGCAAAGUUGCUGUUUUCUGAGGCAACUGUUUUGUUCAAACAAGUUUGUUUCUGAAUUUGCAGCUAAAAUGAUAAAUAACUCCAGAUGGGAGGGGGCACAGAGAGGGUGCAACAAGUCCUCCAAAGUCUAAAUGACUGAAAGCAACUCUUCACUUUGACCAUAGGGAACAAAGUCCUUACAAAGCACUAUGCCUCAAUGUACAUAUAUUUGUAUACAUUCCUUUCAUUGUUUACAGCUGUCAGAUCUGCAUGUUAAUCUCCUAAAAAGGUAGAGAAAUUUUUACUGUAGCUCAACAUGGUCUCAAGAGAUUUAGGCAAGAUUUUGUAAAUAACAAUUAUCCCAGCGUUACUUUGGGUACAGGAAUAUUUAACUACUUCUAGUCUUGUAUAUUGUGUUCUAUUCUUAAGCUUCUUUUUUUGUAUUUGACAAGACUUCAGCCUGAUUAUUUGUGAUUGAACCCAUUUUUAUAUGACAAUAAAUUUGUGAGACUUUGCUACAAUCUCAAUGUUUCUGUUGCAUGAAAGGUAAAAGUCCUGAAACAUAUUUUUAAAGGAUUUUAAAACUGGAAUUAGUUCAGCCAUGAACUUUCCUGUCUUUUCUUUGCAGUUGGACUGUUCUUGUUCCUCAAACUGAGUCAGACUGCUGCCAUGCAGUGGUGCUCCACUUACCUCAGUGUCUCUGUAAAAAUAAGGAAGGCAUUUCCUGGUUCUGGUCUCAUCUUACAUUUUCCAUGUUAGUUAAAGAUGUUCAGGAAUUAGAAAUAUUUAUGGAAACAGUAAAUUAUUUUAAACUUCUGCAUUGUAGAUCAUUUUAUAGUUUACUCUUUCCAUUGUCCAGAAUUAUCAAAAUAACAGUGGUGACUGUUAAAAUCUUCAUGGCUUGAUUUUUUUGUAUCAACAGUCUAUGCUUCUCCUGUAUGAUUUGUAAAAAUAAAUAACAUUUUUAAUUUUUUUUAAAUAAUAAAGUAAAAGUGUAUCUGUUCACUGCUUUCUAAGGGCACUAUCAAUCUAACUAGAUUACAGUGAAGACCUCCAUAAACCAGAAACAAGUCCUAUAAAGCAGUAGUGUUUUGGGAAAUUCAGGGAUAAUUUGAAAGACCCAAGUUAGAAAGCAGUGAGAGACAAUUUACC